UGAAUAUCUCUUUUCCUUAUAUAUUUCUGACAAUUCUUGAGGUUAAUUCUUUUGUACUCUGUUUACUUUUGCAAGUUAAAUACCAGCGCAUUGCUAUAGAUAAACGGAAAUCUUGUCAAAUGGUACUCAGGGGAUGCAUUUGGGUGUUUGCAAAAGUAAUAGACUGCUAAACGGUUGUGCCUUAAGCUUGUGCCACUGUUAUCUUACUCAUUGUUGUGAAUCAUUGGACAUUAUAUCAAAGCCAGACUUUUUCGGUUGUUCAUAUAAUUCCCAAACUAUUUUCUGAUCCACCUUUACCUACCAUCCCCUCCCCAAGUUGUUUUUUUUUUCUUUCUAAAAUGGGUUCACUUCACUUCAUAAUGAUAUCAAUCUUUAUUUUGCUCCUCAGAAGUUUUAUGUUCAAAAUUGGUGAGGUGCCGUCAUGCCCUUCCCUGUGGAAUAUGUUCAUAACUCUUUAUUCUGUUUAGCAUGUACCGUCGAAGUGUCCGUGCGUUGCAAUGGGUCGGAAUCAAUAGAAUAUUUAUGCUCACAGAGAGACUAACCUUGAAAGCAUCGUCCUACUAUCUAAAGAUGUCAGCUUAGGAUUCACCCGAAUUUUAUUUUCAUACCAUUGGAAGUAUCCUAGCUUUCACCCCAAUUGUUCUGCCAUACAACAACCUAUCCAAAGAAAAAGAAAUACUCGCCACUUAUUCCAAUCUGGUUUCUUUUCAUAUAGAACUUAUGAGUUCACAGCAAAGUCCCUUGAUGUUAAAUUUGGUAAAUUACACUGGAAGAUCGUGAACUACAAUAGUUUUUUUUGUUAAACCACCAGAAGAACCACCAUGUCAAAAUUUAGUGUAAGAAUAAACCGUCCAAUUAACCCGAAUUUCGUCUUAGAUGAUUCGUUGACGGAAAGUUGAAAGAAGAAAAUUGUAGGUACAACCUGUGGCCACCUUAGGCAGCUGAAACUGAGCUUAUGCUUGAAUAAAAGAACGAGUCAAAAUAAAAGGGCAUUGUUUGCUCUAUCAAUGAGAAACUAUUUUCUGAUCCACCUUUAUACUCUAUAUUAAGCAUGACUGAUGAAAAACAUCUGCCAACAUCACCUUGUAAGAAGUCAGUGUAAGAUGAACCUCCUUUUGCAAGACAAAUUCAGGGCAUUGUUUACCCCAUCAGCUAUAUCUUCGUAUUGCUUUAAUAUUUUUUACUCGUAAGAUGUUUUAGAAAUUAAGCAUUUAUAUUUUUCCAAAUAAAGGAACCAACCAAAUACAUAUGGUAUAUGUAAGUUAAUUGGCACCUAGUUAUUUCUUUACAAUAGCUAUUGUUAUAAGGAAAAUUAAACAUAACAGAUAUGUCCAAGUGUUAGGACCAGUUCAUUUGAGCAAACAUAUAUUGCACAAGCAUGGAAUGCAAAAUGAUCGUAUUGAUGUCUAAAAUAUGUUCUCACAGCAGCACUUGAAAUUCUCGAACAAGGUGAAAAUCAAGGUAGAUGAAGAAGCCUGCCAUGCUUCUUUAUGGUGUCCAUACGAAUCAGUUGAGAUUUUACCAAUUUUAAAUUACAUGGUGCCCAGAUCGAACAGAUAUUGUAAGUAGUAAUUAGCAUGGUGCAGAAGUAAAAGAACCAAGACAUCAUAUUCUUGCGUGUAUAUUUGAUUUAAGCUUGUUCAAAUAAACACUGAUGCCCGUCCACCAAGUUCCACAAGCACAUAUACAUGACACUUGCAUAUUCACAUAAAUAGAGUGAUAGAAAGGGGAAACCUUAGGCUGAAAAUCCAACACUAUGUCGGUCGCGGCUCAAAUGCAUAUAUUUGUUAGGCUAGAUAUGCAUAUAUGUUUACCUCUAUGUUUGAAACAUACAUCUGGCCUGUAACUGAAUUAAUAAGAUUGAUUAUGCCAUGGUCCCAUGCCAAUGGUGCUUCUCCCAGGCAUAUCUUUGAACAUAUGACAUGCAGGACAGUAGGACAGUAGGACACUGGACACAUGAAACAUCAAGCAAUAAAGGAGGAGGAUGGGAGAUUAACUCUUCCAUUAUUCAACAUUUCCUAUUUGCUCCCAGCCCUUAAUCUGAAUCAAGCCACAGAAAAUGGAGAAAUGAGACGAGGAAUAUCGCGCGCUGCGCUAGUCGCUAACUUCUCCCUCUCGAUAACGCUGAGUGGACUUGCGUCCGUUGCCACCAUGCUGAGCAGGCUGAAUUGCAACCUCAGUCCGUGACCCUCCAUGUUCUUUGCGGCCAGUAUGGCCUUGUGCUUCCCCUCUAUGACCUGCACCGCAUAUUCGCACCACUGGCACUGGCUUAUGCACCACAAAUCCUAGGAGAUGAACUUGUGUCAGAACAAGCAAAGUAGCCUCCAUGCCCAGAAUUUGAACGAGUAGAGAGGAAGGGACGGGAACACAGAUGAGAGAACAGGGGAAAAGCAGACCACUGUCUCUGUGUGCCUUUACUGGUGGCAGCAAUGAGGGAUCCCUUCGCAUGAACUGGGCGCAUCUGGGCAUCCGGUAAGAUGCAUCCUCCUCCAUGCGGAUGAUGCUAGAUCGGCAUGCGCCAACGAAGGAGGAAGGAGAAGGGGAGGGGCAAAUGUCAUCGCUAGGCAUCCUCAUAUUUCUCAUCGGCAGGGGCAGCAGACAAAAUGGGCUCGUUGGUCACCGGUGAUGGCGGAAUCGUGGUGGCGGUGGUCGGUGGUAGAGGGGGUAGAGCUGCGCAUGCACUGGUGGUUGAUGGAUCGGGAUGUUGCAGCACAUGGAGAAUUUUUGGGCUUGGUUGGAGCCAAUGAUGUUGACAGAUCCCCCGAAUUGCUGCUUCCUUGAUGGAACUUGCAUACAGCAUGCACCUAGUGGCAUGUUCCAAGUUUUCUCAUUAAGGCUGGCUAACAUUCAUGUGGGUUGUGGGUCAGUAGAGUUGUACGGAUACAUAGCAGUGCGGGAUGAUUUGGAUCGAUUGCUUAAUUAUGUGGUCAAUGUUAAGAGGGAUGAUCCCAUCAUCCUGGAGCAGGGUUCUCUUAUCAACAUGGCUGGCCCUAAGCGAGGGAUAGAUUCACAUGGCAAUAUUGUAAUCGAAUAUGACAUGAGGAUCAAGACUGCUGAAGAAGAAAAGCAUGAUCUGCAGCUGAUCGAUGGUGCUUUAAUAAUAGUCAAUAAAGACUUCCAGAAUUGCCACGCAUUCACAAGUCGCAUAUAUGGCGAUUGCGGAGCAGUGGACAUGACUGCAUCACGUCUUGAAUAUGCAGUUGAGGCGACACUAGAAGUUCUCAUAUCGGAAGUGCAAAAUAGUUUCAGUUUGUGUGUUGGUUGUUUUACCAGUGGGUUGAAUGAAGAAAUCCGGCUCUUCGAUGGCACCAUUGGUGAGUCAUGUGGCUUGAAGAGGUCUGUGGUUGCUGUAGUGAUAUCUUCUUGGAUGACAUUGAAGUUCAAGUUGGCACCGGGGUCAUCCAGUCCUGUUGAACAUCAUUGUUCCUUCAAGGCGAACAACCAUGGGACAUCUGCACAAAAAAUGAAGACUGAUUUUGCGUUAUUCUCAGUGAAGGUGACUUGGUCGACUUUGCCUCGGGGCUGUUAUGCUCAUUCCAGUUCAUCUGGACCUUAGAUCGACCUUGUCACAGAGUUGUGUCUGAUGAGCGGGCUAAGACUUACAAGUUUGGUUUGACGUAGUCUUAAGAUGGACUUGUGGCAACUAUCAAGCAAUCAAACAUUUGACUAAUAUGACUGUCUAAAUUUAUAGUAUGUGGCAAACAAGGAUGGUAAAUCUAUAAUAGUAAUAAUAAGCAAAUAUUUGAACUGUUCACUUGCA